AUGGAAUUGACCGGUCCUCAGAUCAUUUCUUUACUCAAGAGUCGUCUUUCUUCUCAAUCAGAAUAUGCGCUCGCCGCCGACAAAUCCGAAAGCAUCGGGCAUACUAGAUGGACGACGGUUCAGGCACCUUCAUUCAUUGCGACGGUGAAGCCUGCAACGGUUGAAGACAUACAGACCACGGUUAAAUGCGCUACCGAGCACAACAUCCCAUUCCACGCCGUGGCCACAGGCCAUAAUUUUUCGUCAUGUUAUGAAAGGGCACAGAACCUACUCGAGGUGGAUAUCAGCAAUCUAAAGGGUGUCUCCAUCGAUGCCAGUGCCAGUACGAUCACGGUUGGAGGCGCCGUCCUCUUCAAUGAGAUUUUCGACCCUCUCCAUGAAGCUGGUAAAGAAAUGCCGACGGGAGCAUGCUCUACAGUCGGCAUAGUCGGAGUAACUCUUGGCGGGGGUCUCAACCGAAUGCAAGGCACCUACGGGUUACUCCUCGAUUCUCUCCUGGAGGUCGAACUCGUCACUGCUACAGGAGACUUUGUCAAAGCGAGCAAGACGGAGAACACGGAGUUGUUCUGGGGCAUGCGCGGCGCUGGAUUCAACUUCGGGAUCGUUAUGAAAGCGACGUAUCAAAUUUACGAUCAACAGAAUGGGGGGAACGUGAUGUCCGCGGACUUCGUCCUCCCGCAUAAUAAUGGCCCAGAGAUCAUCCGAAUCCUGCAGGAGAUUCACGAAGACCAACCUCCGGAAUUAUCCGUGGCGGUUGGGCAGUUCUACGAUGAGAAAGCCGGUGGGCCGAUCAUGCUCGUCAAUUACAUCUAUACCGGAGACCUCGACGAAGGCAAGCGACUCAUCCAACCGAUCAUCGACCUCGGCCCUACCCUGCAGCAGAUCGAUUACCUGCCCUGGAACCAAAUCAACACCAAAUGGGGAUUCGGAGCGGAUGCGACCGUUUCCAUCCGCAACAUGCCCAGGACCAUGUUCUCAGCGCACGUCAAACAGCUCGAUCUGCCUACCUUCGAGUGGUACUUUGCGGAGCUGGCAAGGUACUGGGAGGAAUAUCCGGCGCUUCGUGGCAGCGUCGCGAUCAUCGAAGCAUGGGGGUCGCAGAAGAUGGCGGAGAUUCCCGAUGACGAGACGGCGUAUCCGCAUCGCGACGUCAAAUGCCAGAUGAUCAUCGGGCAUCAGACCACGGAUCCCCAACUUCAGCCGAUGGUCAAUAAAUGGAAAAAUGAAGUUCGUGAGCGGUUUAGAGCGACGAGUGGGUUUGAAGAGACGAAGGUCUAUGUGAAUUAUGCGCAGGGCGAUGACUCCCAGGAGGCGAUGUAUGGAGCACGGAAAUUGGAGAGGCUGAGGGCACUUAAGAGGAAGUGGGACCCAAAUUGUGUCUUCAGUUGGUACAAUCCGAUCAUCAUUUAA